AUGGUGCUUAAGGUGGUAUGCGCACUAAGCGUUUUGGCACUGGUCACCGAAGCUGUGACAGUGCACAAGCAGCACAAACACGCGUUCUCAUCUCAGCACUUCCUGAGACAUGAUGGUCAUGCGCAGAAAGUGUACAUCAUUGAACAUCACAAGCCACACAAACAUGACCCUCAUAAAAAGGAAGAACAUAAAUACAAACAUGUGGACUACUAUACUCAUCCUAAGUACAAGUAUGGGUACAAAGUGGAGGACCACCACACUGGUGAUAAAAAAUCACAACAUGAACAUAGGGACGGAGACUCCGUGAAAGGAUAUUAUGAAUUGCAUGAGCCUGGUGGUACCGUCAGAAGGGUUGAGUACCAUGCAGACAAACAUAGUGGAUUCCACGCAACAGUGAAACACAAAACACAUCACAUAGUCCCGAAAAAACAUCAUCAUCACCAUCCUAAGAAAAUGUAA